GACUGCGGCCAGCUGUGGCAAGCAGCAUAAUUACACGAGCUCCUCCUGCCUUCUCCUUUUUCUGGGCAUCAUUGUGCUUGUGUAACGUCAGAAGUCUGAAAGCACAGCUGGAAACAGGAUUCUACAUCUGGUUCAACAACCAACACAAACAGCACCGACUAUGACCAGUUCUUCUGUGCCUGUUCACAUGCAGCAUGCAGCAGGAGUUUCCCCUCAUCAAGGAAUUCAGCUCUUUCUGCAAGGCCAACCAAAAGUCCUCGGGGCUGUCCAGAUAAUGAUCGGUGCGUGGACUUUCCUGCUUGGAAUCGUGACUUUUGCAUAUGCCGCCGGUGGUGUUUCUUACGGGGCAUCUGUGAUUUACAUUAUUGCAGGCUCGCUCUCCAUUGCUGCUGAAAUCAAAAUUAAUUCGCCAGAUGCUUUAUGUUUGGUGAGAGCUUCCCUCGGGAUGAACAUUUUCAGCGCUAUAGCUGCGGGCAGUUCCAUUAUUGUGCUUUCACAAGCAAUGGCUUUUGCACGCAUCGUCACUCGCUGCAGAGAUGCUCAUUGUUAUAAUGAUGUAACUAUUUUUAUAGGAAUCAGUGGUGUGUUGCUGGUGUUCGCCAUCCUUGAGUUCUGCAUCUCCAUCUCCCUGUCUGUGUUUGCCUGUAAAGUCGCCUGCUGCUGUAAACCUAAGAUUCCUGUGGAGAACAACAUUUUAAUUCAACACACUCCUGCAGAAAUCCCCCAACAGUACAUUCAAUGUCCUCAAGAAGUCCCUGAACCAUACUUUCAACAUCCUCCUGCAGGAUUUCCCCCAGCGUACACUGAAGGCAAAUAAAUGUGAAUCAACAUGAAAAACAGGGCAGCGUGACAGUUCUGCUGCUUUGAUGCUGUGGCGAUUCUACUUCCAUUCUGUAUCUGGUCUGAAUAAACCACACUAUAAGAUUGUGUAAAAUGAUAAUUAUAGUCGCAACCAUAGAUACCGCUGUGUAUUUUGCAUUUACAUGAGUAUUUUUAAGUAUUUUGCUAUUACAUAUGUAUAUUUUUUAAAAUGCUAUUUGUUUGUAAACUGAUAAAUUGGAUAAAUAUUAUUAUGACUAGCACUGCCUGUGUCUUUCUCUGGCACAACACGAGUAACUCCAGGAAAGCAGAUUGUGUUUAGCCGGUGAUCACACCGGUGUGAUUGUAGGACGCAAAGGGUUAAAUGUGUUUUUAACUUUUUUUUUUAAUUCUAUGAUUUCUCAGCAUACCACUAGAAGAAGCCUGUGUACUUGUUGCGGUGCAUAUACCACACUUUGAGAAUCACUGCUUUAAAUCCUGUACAUCCUAAAAACCUGAAAGAAAAUCACAGGCCUUACCACCCUUAAUACAGGGGUGCCGAAACUUGGUCCUGAAGAGCCAGUGUAAGGCAAUGUUUAGUUUCAACCCCAAGACACUAUCAGGCUAGUGUAACGGAGACCAGGUAGUGUGUGCUGUGCAGGUAAACCUCACUCCUCUGACCUCUAAAGGUGCUCUAGUGACAGAUGCUAGAGGCCAUGGUCUUAAGCCUCCUUGGUAGAGCAACGACUCCCAUGUGGAAGGUCGGCGGUUCAAUCCCAGCCCGGAGCGGGUUGGGUGGUGUAGGACCGGCGGGGUUACACUAGCAUAUCUAGUGGCUGACCGCUGGACCAAGACAGGGUCACCACUGACUUUCUGGCAAUCUUCAUUUAAGAAAAUGUUUAAUUGUGGAAGAAUUUGAGUGUUUAAAUAUGAUUUGUAUGAUUAGGAACAAGAAAAUGCCAUACUAUCAGCUCUGUGGGUGCGAUGGUCUUGACUCUCUCAGAAGGAAAAUGGAGUUCACUUGAAGGAAUAGCUCACUCAUUUUACUUCGGCUUAUUCCCUAAUUUAACAAGGGUUGACACAGUGCAAUGAACCCCCAAGCUGAGAUCAGAAAACUCACAGUCAAUUAAGAGCAGUUCAAUUGAACGGAUGAAACAAAAGUUAUUUUUAUUUUGUCACACGCCCUCUUGCCAGACAUAUAAGACCAGCUGGAAACAAUAACAAAAAGAAGCAAAGACUGACCCUGAUGCACACUCAUCUCAUCUGACACCUGAAACUGACAGACCAAAUUCGGUAUUGCACUAGUGUUUGUUACGAGAAUCCUGCUCUGCCUGCUCAUAUAUUGGGUCGGCUGACUCGCCUGCUUUCCACAAACACUAAAAAAAUGAAGAUCAGCUCUGACCGAGACUGAGUGUAACUGCUGUCAUAAAGCAGUAAAAUUUGGUUCCCACUAGAUGGCGCUAGUGUACUUUAAACGUGUUUACUUCAAUAACUUGUGAUUAGUUUAAUUUUCGAUUUUUGAUCAUUUUAAAAUGCUUAUUGUUGACUUAUUUACUGAUCUAUGGUUUAUUUGAGCAAAAGUUUUUCAUUCUAACAGUUUUGGACAUAUUUUAAUAUCAUUCCCAUCUUGCCCAGCAACAACACUACUUCCAGGUUGAGCACUCGCAUGAAAGUGAAAGAGAAAAGUAACAGCAAGAUUUAAGGACGCUUCUUUUGUGAGUUAUACGUGAUAUAAUCAAGAAAUCGAAGGAUGUACCCCUUCUCUCUUAGUUUACAAGCAGGCAAAGUGAUUUGUGAAUGUAGUUUUGUUCAUUAAUGACUUAGUUGUAUGCUUAAUUCUUAUGUAUGUGAAUGUGUCUGAUGUUGUUAUCAUACUCAUUUAUUCAGUUCUACGGUGUUGAUGUCGGCAUCUUGUGUUGAUAAGUGCAUUAAACAUCUGAAAAA